CCCACAUGCAACAAGCCUUCCAUUCUUAAGGCCUAUACAUGUCACCAAUGGGCUCUGUACUCGUCGAUUUGUGGAGAAGAUGGGAAUCAACAGUUCAGUAGCUCUGUUCUCACUGUGGGUUGUUGCUCUUAGCUUAGUUCUCGAAGGCUCUUGCAUAGGGAAAGCCCUUGGAACCACCGUCACUUACGAUAGCAGGGCAUUAGUUAUCGAUGGGAAGCGCCGCGUGCUGCAGUCGGGUUCCAUUCACUACCCUCGGAGCACGCCCGAGGUUUGGCCAGAGCUUAUUAGGAAGGCCAAGGAGGGGGGAUUGGACGUGAUUGAGUCCUACGUCUUCUGGAACUACCAUGAGCCGGUCAGGGGACAGUACUAUUUUGAAGGAAGAUUUGAUUUGGUGAGGUUCGUGAAAAUGGUGAAGGAAGCUGGUCUCUUCGUCCACCUGAGGAUCGGUCCAUAUGCCUGUGCUGAGUGGAACUACGGGGGCUUCCCCAUGUGGUUACACUUCAUUCCCGGAAUUCAGUUCCGAACAAAUAAUGAACCUUUUAAGAUAGAAAUGGAAGGCUUUCUUGCAAAAAUCGUUUCUCUAAUGAAAGAAGAGAAUCUCUUUGCAACACAAGGAGGACCUAUCAUUCUUGCACAGGUUGAAAAUGAAUACGGGAAUGUUAAAUGGGCCUACGGGACCUCUGGGCAGUUAUACGUCAAAUGGGCAGCAGAAACUGCCAUCAGUAUGAACACGACCAUCCCUUGGGUCAUGUGCGUGCAAGAUGAUGCUCCCGAUCCGAUUAUCAACACUUGCAAUGGGUUUUACUGUGAUCAAUUUACUCCAAAUUCUCCAUCAAAACCGAAAAUGUGGACUGAGAACUACUGUGGAUGGUUCACAUCGUUUGGCUACCCUCUCCCUCAUCGGCUUGUCGAGGACCUGGCCUUUGCAGUUGCGCGGUUCUUUGAAAUGGGCGGCACAUUUCAAAACUAUUACAUGUAUUUUGGAGGGACCAACUUUGGCAGGACGGCUGGAGGACCUUUGGUUGCUUCGAGUUAUGACUAUGAUGCUCCUUUGGAUGAAUAUGGUUUUAUUAGACAGCCGAAGUGGGGCCAUUUGCGUGAUCUGCAUAAGGCAAUUAAGCUGUGCGAAGAUUACUUGAUCAGCUCAGAGCCGACCCAGAUACAGCUUGGCCUCAACUUGGAAGCACAUGUCUAUUAUAAACCAUCCAAUGAAUGUGCGGCAUUUCUCGCAAAUUAUGAUAGCAGCAAAGAUGCGAUGGUUGAAUUCAACGGGAAUUCGUACUCCCUCCCUGCUUGGUCAGUUAGUAUCCUGCCCGACUGUAAAAAUGUUGCCUACAGCACAGCAAGGGUUGUCUCUCAAAGGCACAUCGGGGACAAUUCAUUUGCCAGCAGAACCACUACACAUCGAUUUUCAGUUGGACCAUCGGGGUGGAGUUGGUACAAGGAGCCAGUGGGUGUAUGGGACAACACUUCGUUCACUUACCCGGGUCUACUGGAGCAAAUAAAUACAACAAAAGAUGCAAGCGACUUUCUAUGGUAUUCAACAAUCCUUGCUGUGGAUGAGAAUGCUGCAGAAGAAGCUUUUCUGCAUAUUUUCAGUUUAGGACACGCCGCACUCGUAUUUGUCAACAGAGUAAGCGUGGGGUUUGGAUACGGUAAUCAUGAUGAACCAAGCUUUAACCUAUCGCAGAAAAUUAGUCUCCGACCUGGGAAUAAUUCGCUUGAUAUCCUUAGUAUGAUGAUCGGCCUACAGAACUAUGGUCCUUGGUUCGAUAUUGAUGGAGCAGGAGUGUAUUCUGUCAUUGUCGAUGGAUUUGGGAAUAGGAAACUGGAUCUGACCCUCGGAGACUGGACCCAUCAGGUAGGAGUUGAAGGAGAACACCUCGGACUUGACAACAUAAGCCUUGCAAAUAGUUCGUUAUGGAAAAACGGAGCAUCUACACCAAUUAACCAAAGUUUGAUAUGGUACAAGGUGACAUUUUCAGCUCCUGAAGGUUCGGGCCCAUUGGCCUUGGAUCUCAGUAGCAUGGGGAAGGGACAGGCAUGGAUCAACGGCCAAAGUAUCGGGAGGUAUUGGCCAGCCUAUCUAUCUCCUAAUACGGGCUGCCCUGAUAACUGUGACUACAGGGGAGCUUAUGAUGCUUCAAAAUGCCAAAGGAACUGUGGGCAACCUUCCCAAACACUGUACCAUAUUCCGCGCUCCUGGGUUCAUCAUGGGAGCAACUUGCUUGUACUUCAUGAGGAAAUCGGAGGCGACCCUUUGAAGAUUUCAAUCCUAACAAGAACCGGACAAGAGAUAUGUGCUUUCAUAUCGGAGAGCGAUCCUCCUCCACCUGAUUCAUGGAAACCCAACUCCGAGCUUCAUCCUCAGAGCCCUCAGCUUCGGCUCUCCUGUGAUAAAGGGUGGCUUAUUACCUCGGUCAGCUUUGCUAGCUUCGGAACUCCCCAUGGAAGUUGCGGGAGUUUUAGUCCUGGAUCUUGUCAUGUUGACAUGUUAGAAACAAUAAGGAAGGCUUGCAUCGGAAAGGAGGGAUGCUCAAUAGCAGUAACUACGAAUAAUUUGGGUGACCCGUGCCCCAAAGUGCUGAAAACCUUGGCAGUCGAAGCUCUUUGUAGCGAGUGAUCAAGUUCCCAUGCCAAUUAUUCGAUCUUCCCAUGCUUGACUAAUUAUUGUAGCCGGAAUUGCUAAUUAUCCCUUGCUUGAUUAAUGAUCUUGGCUACAGUUGCUAAUUAUUUUCGCAAUGUAAUCACAUAGUGGUUUAUGAUAUGGAUGAUCCAUGAGAAAUGUGCUCAA